AUGGCGGAGGCGGUUAAGACGUCCGAUUUAACCCCAGGGCGGCCGCGUUUCGGCCCUGGCAGGGCUCGCCGCGUCUCUCCACGAACGACGGCCUCUUCGGCAGCAUCGGAAGCUCGCGUGGGGGCGAAUUUGCUCGUGGAGGACCCCCUCACGGCGAUGCCGCGACGCUACCCCCUUCUUGAUGUUCUUCCCUUUUCCUCCGUGGUGGAGCAGCGCUACGGGUGGAGCUCCACGAAGGGAGAGAAAACCUCUUCUUCACUUUGCGGGAGCGCGAGCUCCGUUAGCCUUGGCGUCUCCUGCGAUGAUGAAAAAACGUUGCGAUCGUUGAUUUGGGGAGGCUGCCGCCCGGAGGUGCUGCGGGCCGCGGCGUGGCGGCUGUUAUUGGGGUACACCCCGCCCUCCAUUAGUCGCCAAGGAAAUGAACUACGACGAAAACGAAUGAUGUAUGAGGAGUACAUUCAUCAAUACAUCCAACUCUCCGAGGUGGAGGAGUACAUCACGAAUAUCAGUGCGCAAAGCGUGGAUGCCUUGAAUAGGGGCUGUAAACGAAGCCCUGCGCGGAUGGAUUCACUUCCAAACCCGGCUGGAGGAGGGGGGGUUGCCGCUUCGAUCGAGAAUAGCCCUGUGGGAAGUCCGUUUCCCCUUCUUUCCGUCACCACCCCACGUUGCUCGACCUUGAUUUCGCAUGAAAAGGCGAUUAUCAGCCAAAUCGCGCUCGAUCUCCCGCGGCAUCGCGCCUCGGUUUAUCAUUGCCGCGGUACCCUCGCCUCCAUGGCGAGGAGCCUUUUUCUCUGGUCGCAACGCCACCCCGCGGUGGGGUAUGUGCAAGGGAUGGAUGAUAUCCUCGGGGUUUUUUUCCAGAUUUUCCUCGCGGAUGGCCUUCGCCAGUAUGAAGGGGAGCGAAACACAGCAAAGCAGAAGGAAGGAGGAGGGGAGGAGCCCGCCGAGGGCGACGUGGCGUUGCAGCAGCGCAUCUCGUCGAGCACGACGGAGCGCGCGUUGCAGGGGUGGGGGGCGGAUACCCUCCACGCCGCCCUCCAGGAGCUCCCCCAGCGCUAUCUUCUUCAGAUCGAGGCGGAUACGUACUGGUGUACGAGCCGGAUGCUUUCCCUGCUUCAGGAUAACUACGUUCCCGGGCAAAUCGGGCUGUUUAAGUGCGCCACGCACCUGGAAACGAUCCUGGCGAAGGCGGAUCCCGAAUUGAUGGCGUUCCUCAACGAGGGUGGGGUUCGUCUGUUCGACAGCUGCUUCCAAUGGCUGCACUGCCUGCUCGUGCGGGAGCUGCCGCUGCCGUUGCUUUUACGUCUCUGGGAUACCUACUUUGCCGUCGGGGAUGAGAAUUUACUUCAUUUUCAUAUCUUUGUGUGCGCCGCCUUUGUGGUCAACUUGCGUCAGGCACUUCUGGGGUCGCCUAUGGAUCUGGCAAUUCAGAUCUUGAGAAAUCCCUUUGAAUACGCGAAAUUCCCUGUUUUCGCCGCUUCCAGCAUGCCGCGUUCGGGAAAAUUUUCUGAGGAGGAUUCUCAACACUCGCCGGUUGUGGAAAAACCCGUGGACACGCAGAAAACGCGAAGAUCUACAUCCCAUGCAGCCAGCACGACCCCGAUGGUUUCCCAAGAGCUCUCAGAAGAGGAAAAUUUAUGGUUAGAUAUCAUUAUCGCGGAUGCGUAUCGUCUGUGGAGGCAAUAUCCUUUAAUUUAG